AUGUUUAGGUUCAAUCGAAAUGAAAAUGGAUUGCCCAACCUACAUUGUGUGCAACCAUCAAAGGUAUUGGUUACAAAAUGGUCUUGGCAAGCAGUUCCCAUGUGGGCUAACUUCCCUGUGCAACAUGACGGUCAAAAAAUUAAUCUCAUGGGGAAUAAGAGCAAAGUAGAAUCACUUACUGUUUGUGAUAUUACAGAUGCUUCGAUUUCGAAACAAAAUUCUUUCGAUGAACCAUCCAGUUCCUUUGUUACUCCACACUCAAGUGCUCCUCCAUUGUCUACUGUUGUUCAGCCUGAGGAUGAAAUAAGACUAGAAGAGUUUCUUAAAGUUCAUGGAUUUCGGUGGUAUCAAGUUGUGAUAUUUCUCAUUUCUAUAAUCAGUUACCUCGCAGACAUUGCAUCCGAUGCAUACUUGGUUUAUACGUAUUAUAUUCAGGAAGAUUACUACUGGUCUAGUUUAACAAUGAUUUUCAUGGUUGUUCCCGCUCUCUUGAUGUCCAGUUUCAGUCUUGCGUGGUAUUUCAUUGACUAUAAAGUUCGAGUUGAUCCUCCGCGCAGCUAUCGAGCAUGGACGUUUAGACUGUUGUUUCAUGGACUCCAGUUGGCCCCACUAGUGAGGGCAGCUGAUGCUAUCUACUACGGUAUAGCAAGUCGACAACCCGGGUUAAGUCUUCGUGUAGCUGCACAAUAUACGCAGUUGAUGCUUUAUGAAGAUGCUGAUUGUGCUAUGCUUCGUUUGAUUGAAUGUUUCACUGAAUCCGCUCCACAACUUCUGUUACAGUUGUACAUUAUUUUAACGCAACCAUAUCCUGCACCUAAAUUUCAAAUGACUGCACAAUUUGUUUCAUGUGUGUUUUCAUGGCUUUCAUUGGCGUGGUCGUUAACCUACUACCAAACUGCUCUACGUAGUUCACGUAUUGAAAAAGGAAAUAUCCAGACCUUAGGUAUUAUAUUCUUCUUUUUCUGGAAGGCUGGAGUGCUAGCAUCACGAUUACUGGCUCUAGGUAUACUUGCCUCCGUUGUCAAGGGAUUUUGGUUUGUAGUAGCGCUCGGUAUUCAUUGGUUGUUGGCUUCUGGUUGGUUAAUCACUCGCGGGACGACGUUUUGUUCAUCUAAUUCACGAGCGUUAGGAGAACUAACCUUUGAUUUUGUAUUAGGUGCAGUUUAUUGUUUUGACGUGGUCAAUAUUCGUGAAGGACGAAGUCGAAUGUGGUAUGGAUCAUGUUACUUAAUAUUUGGCAUUGAAAACUCGGUAUGUGCGUCAUUAUGGUGGGUAACACAUUCAUUUAUUAAUGCAAGUCUUCCAAAAAGUGUGUUCAAAAAUCAACCAUCCACGUGGAACACCGUCUUACCUCCAUACACUCUUCUUAUUAUUGUGAUAUGCAGUUUUUGUAUGGGCAUAGUGAUGAUGAUCGUUUAUUACAUUACGUUUCAUCCAUCGGGAAAGAUUGAAUUAUGCAUUCCGUGUGAUGAACUGAUAAUAACUUCAGAACGGCAAGAUUCAUUAACCGUCGAUCCAAAUAUUCAACUGUCAGAGAAAACUAUUCAGUUAUCAGUGAAAUCAUAA